CUGGUUGCCUUGCUCGUUCGCACGAUCCCAUCGCACGAUCCAUCGCACGAUCCUAUCGCCCGCUCGGGAUCAGCCUGCCCCAGUGCCGUGUCUGCCCUGCAUCUCGCCCUGCUUUCCGCCCUGCCGCUCUCCCGCUCUCUGCCUUCAUGGGGUUCACAAAGCUCCUGCAGUGGACUCAGGCCACUGUCGCCCCGCUGGCCAGCUCGCUCCGAGUCAAGCGCAAGGCCUCGAAAAAGAACCUCAAUCCCGAUUCUGGGCUGGGAUCUUGCCAUCACAGCUCGACGCCAUCCUUGGUUUCCGAUUCCAUAUCCGAGCGCUCCGUGAUGACCAACAACAAUGCCUCGACGUCGACCCUCUGUCUGCCAAAUGAAUCUCUUGAUCCCGUCCAUAUCGACCCGCUCAUCGUGGGCCGUGAUUCUCACACGGGCUCUGACGACUCGUACUCUGAGAAUGCCAGCAAGAUAUGCGAUAUCCUGUUAUCCGAGUCCAUAGAGGAGACAGAGCCCUCGCAGUCACUCAGUCGUAGCUCCAGCAUCGAAACAUUUAUUCGGAUUGUAGAUCCUGGCAUCAACCUCAUCACUUCAUGGUCUUCGCCUGACCAUGCAAAUGCCAGCAACCUCCAUAUUACCGACAAACUGUCCUCUGUCUUGGAUACAUCCGAGCAAAAUGCUGUCGACGACUCAUCCGAACUCGCCAAGGCUGCUUCUGCCGCCCAACCACCCGUUCGCAACUCGUCUCUGCAUCGCGGCGAUCUGCUCGCCCUCUCGAGCCUGUCCCUCGCCAACAUCUCGCCAGCCAGCGUCCAGCCCUCGCUCCCAUUUGAGCGCUAUCCGGUCGACCAGCUCUCGACCCUCGAGGUCUACAGCCUGAUCCGGCUCUUUGGCAUCUCCACCCUCAAAGCCAGCGACCCGGACCGCCCGUUUUCCCAGCGUGUCUCGGUCUUUGCCCUGCUUCUGUCGCUCAUCAACCUGGACCCCAACAUUCCUGCCAAGACCCACGUCUCCGAGUUCCAGCAUUUGCCUGCCGCCCAGUCGAAAAAAUCAAAGGCCACCCACGAACGCAAGGAGGCAUCCGUGCUCAUCCAAACCGAAUCAACAGGGUCCCUCGACGCCAUUCCCCUCGCAGCCCGGAAAAAGUGGGGCAACGGCUGGGGCGAGAUUGCCGAGCCGUCGAUAUGACCCUGCUCCGCGCAUGCUGCCUGGCGACAAUGUCCCAUGCCCACGAACCCGCCCCAGGCUGCCUCCUCUCCGGCGUCGAUGGCUUGCUUUUUGACUAUUCCUUCAGUUUUGUCAGCCGUUAUCGAUACCCUUAGACUAUCUCUCGCCAAGAAGAAAGAACAAAAAGAAAGAAAGAAAGAAAGCAACAAUGAAGCGAGCAAUGCGCACUUUUUGACUGCAGUCGCUCUCCCUCGCAUACCUCGCAUCCUUCGCAUCCCAUCAUUGCAUUUGUGUUUCAAAUUCACCUAGACUUCCUUCCGUUACCACACACCAUCGUUUUGCUUCGUUUUCAUGCUACCCUCGGGCUCUGACCCUGCCUUCCAUCCCUUCCCAUCCGAUCCCAUCCCAUCCC